AAGAAAUGGAGAACUCAACAGAGAUUGUGUCUUUUGUGCUGGCAGCCUAUGGUAAUAUUGGAGAGUUAAAAUACCUGUAUUUCAGUAUAAUGCUGUUAUGGUACCUCUCAAUAUGUGUGGCCAACACAGUUCUUAUUAUAGUCAUAUAUGUGGACAAAAGGUUGCAUGAGCCAAUGUACAUAUUACUAUGUAAUUUAUUUGUGAAUGAAAUCGGUGGCAGCACAUCACUGUAUCCUCUUAUGCUCUCACAGAUGUUUUCAGAUACCCAUGAAGUGACCCUGUCAUGGUGUUUUCUACAGAUGUGUUAUAUCUAUACAUGUGCUUCAGUUGAGUUUUGCAGUUUAGCAGCCAUGGCCUACGACAGAUAUGUCGCUAUCUGUUAUCCUUUACACUACAGUGUCAUUAUGAACACAGGGAGAGUCGGUAUGAUCAUUCUGUUUGUAUGGAUGUAUUCAUUUGUUAAUUUUAUAUUCUCAUUUUCAUUCGUUAUCCAUUUGAAGUUUUGUGGAAAUGUCAUUGACAAAGUGUUUUGUGAUCACCACUUAGUGAUUAAACUUGCAUGUUCAGCUUCAGUAGUCCACAAAAUAUCUGACCUCCUUUUUGCCUUUGUGACCAUUGUUAUCCCAGUUAGUCUAAUUUCAGUCUCUUACAUGAAGAUUUUGGCUGUUUGUCUGAAUACUUCUAAAGAAAACAAACAAAAAGCCGUCUCCACCUGCACACCUCAGAUUGUCUCUCUAUCAAACAUGUUUGUCGGCAGCAUUUUUCACUUUGUUGAUUCCAGGUUUGAUGUUGCUCAUGUACCAGACAAAGUACGCAUUAUUUUAUCUGUGUAUCUCUUCAUUUGCCAACCAAUGGUCACCCCCUUUAUGUAUGGAUAUAACCUACCGAAGAUAAGACAAUCCUGUAAAAGAUUUCUGUUUAAACGAAAAAUAAAUGUUUAGAGCAAGGAUGACUAUCUCUGCUCUGUGGAAAAACA